GUGGGCAUUUUCGGUGGGCGCUCGGAGACGAGGCUGCUGCUGCUGCUUCGGAGAUGGAGAGGCCUAAGGAAUCCACGAGUUGGGUGUGACUACAGUUUUACCCGACCCGAAUCCAACUAAUUGCCUUCCCUUAUUAAUUUGGGCCGGGUUAGCGGAUCGUGUCUUGAUCUCCACCGCUAAACCCCCUCUAAAGCCCUAACCCUCUCCCUCUCUCCUCUCUCCUCUCUCUCUCUCUCUCCCUCUAGGUUUUUGUUAAUGGCAUCAAUUCAGCGAGCUCUGAGUUUCAUCAGAAGGUUCCGGCCUCGGCCUCAAUUCGCCACCGCUGCUCGAAGUUCUCCUCUAAAUGAUUCCUCCGCUUCUUUUCUCAGUACUGUUGGGCUCAGCCGGCGAGGUUCCAAUUCCUCUGCAAGCAAGCAUCGUUGGGAUCCGAUAUCGGCGCUCGUGUUUGCUGGGCCUACUGCGGUUUUUGUUGGUCUUGGUGUGAACACUGCGUAUGCUGAAACUGCUUCUGAUGCUGAACCUAUUGCUGCUACUGAACAAGGGGAGGCUUAUGUGACUGGCCUACGCAGAAUUGAAGAUGGUUCAGUAGUUUCAAAUUCACAUACCAUUAAGUGGAGAAUUUUCACUGAUAAGGGGAGGGAGCUAUUUCUGAAAGGUAAAAUAGAUGAAGCAGAAAAGUUCCUUCGAUCAGCUAUUGAUGAGGCUAAAGAAGGAUUUGGACCUAGGGAUCCACAUGUUGCAUCAUCAUAUAACAACCUGGCAGAAUUUUACAGAGUGAGGAAGGCAUUUGAGAAAGCUGAGCCAUUAUAUUUAGAGGCAAUAAGUAUUCUGGAGGAAGCAUUUGGCAGUGAUGACGUAAGAGUAGGGGCUGCUUUACACAACCUUGGGCAGUUUUAUCUUGCUCAGCGGAAACUUGAGCAGGCUCAAAAGUGUUAUGAGCGAGCUUUAAAGAUAGAAGGACGUGUUUUAGGCUAUGGGCAUCCAGAUUAUGCCAAUACCAUGUAUCAUCUUGGAAUGGUGUUGCAUCUUCUAGGAAAAGUAAAGGACUCUGAGACUAUUGUUGAAGAGUCUAUUAAAAUUUUAGAGGAAGGAGGUCUUGGGGAAACAACAACUUGCAUACGGAGGAUGAGGUACCUUUCGCAGAUGUUCCUGAGUUCUAACCGAGCAGUUGAGGCGGAAAAGCUACAAAGAAAGAUCUUACAUAUCCUGGAACUUUCAAAGGGAUGGGAGUCAUUGGAUACUAUAGUAGCAGCAGAAGGUUUAGCCUUGACUUUGCAGUCCCUUGGAAGCUUAAGUGAAGCACGGGAUCUUUUGGAACGAUGUCUUGAGGCCAGAAAAAAGAUUCUUCCCCACGAUCAUAUUCAGGUGGCUGCUAAUAUGCUUCACUUGGGUAGAGUAGCUAUGCACAAAUCUAACCACUUACGAAAGGUUAAUAUAUCUGAAGCAAGAGGUGAACUUGACAAAGCCAAAACUUUUGUUGAUAACUCUAUUAGGAUAGCAAAGACGGUUCUGAAUUGUGCAAGCAAAAAUUAUAACAGCCUCCAAAGCAGUGAUAAUUCCAAUGGAAGUGCGAAGGAUCAGCACAGGGCAUUAGUGAUACUGUUGCAAUCAAUGGACUUGGCUGGCCUUCUGGAUAUCGCAAAAUGUGAACUAUUAGAGAAAGGGCUAGCUGUCUUCGUCUCCCAUAUCUUGCAGGAAAAGAAUUUUAUUUUUGAUGCUGAACUUUCUCUUCGGGAAUGUAUUGCAAUGUUUAAAGAGCCUCGGAUACGAUGCUUGUUAAAUUCUCCGGAUGUCAAAAGCGAGUAUCUGUCAUGCCUGAAGCACCUCACAACUAUGGUCAAUGAAAACAUAGAUGGCAACAAUGAGAGGUCCACAGCACUAAAAGAGCUAAGAGAUGAGGCUCUUCAUGUGGAGGCUGAGCUCUCCCCUCGUAGGAGGAACUAAAUGGAUUGGGGCGGCUGGCUGCUUUAAAUUCUUCUGGUCUUCUGUUCUUCUAUUCCUUUAUCGUUGCUUUGUUGCUUUUGCUUGUGCACGUUUCUAUGCACGCGUGUGUUGCCAAGGCCUAUAGAUCUGGUUAUAAUGUAAUAAAAGGGAUCUCCUGUUUUUGGUAUAUUGCAGGAGUUCAUUUAUUUAUAUAAUUGUGUACAGUUCAUGGGAAUAAUAUAAAAUAUGUUUUUUCACUUUUUUCAA